CAACAAUUAAGAGAUAUGACAUUACCUAAAAACCAUAUAAAAGACGGUCAUUAUAAAAUGACUCAUCAAUUCAUAUUAUUUGGAAACAAAGGAGCCUCAAUGUAGGCCCAAAUUUGAUAGUUCCAACACUUAAGAAAAAAGGAAUUUAUAAAAAUAAAAAUAAAAAUAAAGUCUUGCUUUUCCCACAUAGUUUCUUCAUUUAAAAUUCAAGUGGGAAGUAUUAUAUCAACGGGUAUCCAAAUCCCCAGUUUACUUGCUCUAACAUUUUUUUGGGGGGUCAAGACUUGCUUUAACAUUUAGGACAUAGAUUUUGCAUACUGUCACAUCAAAUGUGUAAAAUAAAUUUAAUGAAACUUCCUCACACCAACAUAAAAAAUAAAAAACAGAAUAAAAAAAGUAAUUAAGAUUCCACAAAAAAACUAUUUUUAAGAAAAAGAGGAAAAACAGAGAGACUAGAGCUAAUUUUCUAACUUUACCAUACUAAUAUGAAUAAAAUAAAUAAAAUAAAAAAUAAAAAAGGAAUUAACAGUCCACCAAAAAUUAUUUUUAAAAAAUAAAUAGAAGACAAAAUACUAGAAGCCUAUUGGCUCACGGCUUGGGGCUGAGAGCUUAUUGGCUCAAGGCUUGGGGCUGAGAGCUUAUUGGCUAAAUGAUUAUGAUUUGUACCAAGUCAAAUCCGUUGGGUCAAAAAGAGAUGAUUUAUUUGAUUUUGAUAUUCAUGGUAGAAUCAAAGCCACCCGCGUGCGGGAAUCAGACGAAAGACAGUAUCCGUCCAAAUUACGAAUUUACCCUCGGUGUUUUGAGGUAGUUACCCCAGCUGCCACCUUGAUUUUCCUCUGUGAAGUGAAAUUCGAAGGCUGUGUUUGGUUGUGGGGCAAAAUCGCAAAAAAAAAAAUAAAAAAUCAACCAAACAGCACACAGAUCUGUCAUGAAGGAUACCAUCAAGGAGAAGGGUCAUAUUCUCCGUCCGUACGCUUCUCAGUCCCAGACCAAAAGCUUUUGCUUGACAAGCUCUUUGUUUUGUCUCUUUUUUAAUUUUGUUUAGAGAGAGAGAAAAGGUGGGUUAUUGGGGAGAGAGAGACAGAGAGAGAGAAACGCAGACAGAGAGUUAAGAGCCUUUAGAGGAUGUUUGAAUUGAGAGAAGGCUCUUGCUUUCCAAGGGUCUUGGUGGGUGUGAAUGUGGGUCUUGCUCUCGUUGAUGGCAUUAUAGCUGUUCUUGCAUUUUGUCAGUUAAUCAGGAUUCACUCGAGGAAUUCACAACUUGGCUGGACUCGCCAAAAAGUUUUUCAUCUGUUGAUUGGCUCUUCUAAUUUGGGUUGCUUAGUUUAUUUUGUAUUAACUCUUUUUGCUGCUUGCAAGGGGUGGCAAUGUUGGUCUAACUCUUGUGGUUUUAGCCUCAUGGCAUUACCCAAAAUUCUGUUUUUUGCUGCAUUUCUUCUACUUUUAUCAUUCUGGGUUGACCUGUGCCAUCAGGCAGAUGAUGAGGAUGAGGAGGAUGAAGGGAGUUUUCAUGAAGCUUUGUUGGAGAAGACAUUUAGCAAACGGAAUUCAUUGGAAACAGAUAGUCAUAGAAACUGUUUUCCUCUGCGCUUUGUUCAUAUUGGAAGCCGCCAGAGAAUUGUAAUUCUGGUUACCGUGGUAGUUUUUGUUAUAAUGGUGGCAUGUGCAGUGAUAAUCUGGAUCGGGAUGGGAAAAAAUCCUAUUGAUUCUGCAGUGGUGGCUCGGGUAUACGUAGAUCUCUUUGCAAUAGCAAUACUAUUGUUAGGAGGAGCAUUAGCAUGUUAUGGAGUCCUAUUAUGCUUGAGAAUGAGAAACGUUAGAUCUGAGAGAGCUUCUUCUGAGAUGUGGAAGGUUGCAGGUUUAUCUGUUGUUUCCAUUCUAUGUUUCGCCUCAAGCUCCUUCGUGGCUCUAUUAACUGAUAUUCCUAUGCUUUACCAUUGGCAUCAACAGCGUUUGAAUGAUGUUUAUACUUCUCUUUUACUGAUUUUAUAUUAUUUUGUAGGUUCAUCAAUACCGUCAGCAUUUGUACUAUGGAUCAUGAGAGAAUUACCACCCUCGAUAACAGCUAACAUACGAGAAGAACCAACUACAUUAACUUUCGUCAGUGAUGGUUCCACAUCAUUACAACAUCCUCAGAGCUGGACUACUGCAAUGAGCUUGCGGAACCAGUUUGGGUUUCAGGUGCAGAUAUCAAGAGCAAGUCCCAUAUAACACUUCUCCUCUAUGCAAAGUGUGCUGUCUCACUAACGUUCCUGCGUGCAAAGCAUGCCCUUCCUCUCCCAAUUUAUGAAGUGAGCUGGAAUCAGUGAAGAAUUAUGUCGGAUAAACUCUGACACCGAUAUGACAAGAUCUAUUGGGAGUUUGAGUUACAUCGUUGACGGGCAAUUUGUGUACAGCCAUAAGUCACGCUUGCCAUGUUUUUGACAUUCUAGGGAUGUACAUAGCAACAAUAUGCUAAUUGAGGGGUUUAUUUAUUUAUUUUUUCUGUUUUGAUAGUACUUUGAUGUGCUGCUUCGUUCUGCAUAUAUGGCAUCAGAUAUGAUUCCUUUU